AUGGCGUACCUCCUCUGGUCAUGGUGGUGGGCAGCCACACUUUCAGCAGCAGCCAUGACUUUUUGGUUGCUCCAAACCAUCAGAAAACCUAACUUGCCGCCUGGUCCACGUGGGUUACCAAUACUUGGGUACUUCCCCUUUCUGGGUACCCAUCUCCACAAGACGUUCACAGAACUAGCCCAAGUUCACGGCCCCAUCCACAAGCUCUGGCUCGGUCAGAAAAUCUACGUCGUGAUCAGCUCGCCAUUGCUUGCCAAACAAGUCCGUGACAACGACGUAGCGUUUGCAAAUUGUAAUCCGGUAAUCGCGACCACUGUCCUAACAUACGGUGCAAAUGACAUCGCUUUCUCCCCCUAUGGCCUAGAGUGGAAGAAGCUGCGGAAGGUCUUCAUGCGUGAGUUGUUGAGCAACUCGAGGCUCGAUGCUUCCUACAUGCUUAGGAAGCAGGAAGUGGGAAAAGCUCUUGCGGAUGUGUACUGGAAGAAGAGAGGUGAGGCUCUGGACUUUGGGCAGUUGGUGUUUAUGACAAUAUCGAACACCAUCCUGAGCAUGCUUUGGGGGAGCACCAUCCAUGGAAAGGAAGGGGAGAAGUUCUUUUCCAGGGUUAGAGAGUUGUCGAGUGAGUUUGUGGCGCUUCAAGGAGCAGCCAAUGUCUCAGACUACAUUCCAGGACUUGCUAGGUUUGACCUGCAAGGUAUAGGGCGGAAAUCCAGGAGGGUGUUGGAAGUACUUGAUGAAAUCUUCUGUAGUACUGCAAUUGAUCAGAGACGGAAGAAGUUAGUCGAAAAGGCAGAGAAAGAGACAACAAAGGACUUCUUGCAGAGAGCUUAA